AUUGAACUCUAGCUAAACGUUCGAAGAUGAGUUUCGCUUGCUUGCUGGAGAGAAAUACAAUACAUCAUAAAUUGCCUCUUCAAUAUAUUUCAAGCAUGUCAAGAAAAAGCAGUCGAGAUAGUUGUAACUCAUUCUUGAUAACCCAAACGUACGCGCAAUCCGACGUUCUUGCAAUGACAACAAUCAAGAUAGGACCAGGAAGAGAUACAAUUUCAGCUCCCAAUUUCAUCGACAUGUUUCGUCUUGCGGAGAAAGGAGACAGAAAAUUCGACCACCGCCACGUAGAUCUCGUGACGGCCGAACCCCGGACCAAGAAGAUCACCGACUACAUCCGCCGCAGCGUCAAAGUCUUUGUGCGUCUGCGUGAGGCCGUUGCUGAGUCCUUGAAAGAGGCCUGGUACGAAGCAAUCAAAAUUGGCAGGAUCGUGCUCGGAGUCGACAAGGAGCACCCGUACCUCGUCGCUGUCGUUGUCGGCGGAGUGGUGUUGGCCGCGGUCUCCCCCCGGGUGCUGCAAGCCCUCAGUUUUGGACAACUUGGACCUUUUGCUGGUGAGGUUUUCAGCAGAUUACUCCUCCUUCUUCUCUACCUUAAGAUCAAAUCUAACGCAGUGCCCACUCAAGGUUCUUUCGCAGCAGGGUGGCAGGCGCCAAUAGGUGCGGCCGUUCCGACGGGCUCUCUGUUUUGUAUCCUGCAGUGGCUUGGAAUGACUUGAAUUUGAAUCAUGGGAGAGGCACUCUGGCCACAAUCUAAGGCCUCUAUGGUCUGCCUAGUCGUAUUCAAGGGCCGUAGAAGGCGUGAUACAACACGAGUUGAAGAAAUCUAUGUUUUCUCUCUCUCUGACUCUAGGAGUGUUGCCCACCUGAUUCCAUGCGAAGCUUGAGCUCUAUCAGGUGUCUCCAGAGCGCUAGUUGAUCAAUCGUGUUGCUUUCUGUCCGUAUCGUCCUCUCUGAUGCAUUGAUCAAAUAUGCAUUUGAUCGAAUCGUAGUGGUGCGCAUGUGCAGUCUCGUGUAUUAGUGGGAGCAAAGCAUCGCGAAUCGGGUUCAACCUGCCGACCUGAUUCCGACUAAUCCAUAAGUUGAAGGAUAAAAUGAAUUGAUGCAACGGAAAGAGAUGGAAAUGAGCUGCUCUUUCGAGUACAGGUAACUUUUU